AGCAGCAGACGUUCCGACGACAAGGAGUUAACUAAGUUUAUUUUUGGAUAAAUCUACUGAAGCAAGAUGACCAAGGGAACCACAAGCUUUGGCAAGCGCCACAACAAGACGCACACAAUCUGUCGCCGCUGCGGGAAUUCGUCGUAUCACCUCCAGAAAUCGAAGUGCUCCCAGUGCGGCUAUCCCUCGGCCAAAUCUCGCUCGUUCAACUGGUCCCGAAAGGCCAAGGGUCGCAAGGCCCAGGGAACUGGAAGGAUGCGGUAUCUGAAGAAGUUGCGCCGUCGUUUCCGCAACGGUUUACGUGAGGGAGGUUCCGCUAUGAAGAAAGGGUCCUAAAUAGGAACCAAUAAAACCCAAGGGAUGGCAUGGAUAACA